AUGGUUGCAUCCAUUAGUGAUGAGGAUAAUAGGAAUUUUAGCGGUGGGCAACGUCGUCGUUUGAGUGUAGGCUUAGCGUUGAUCACGCAAGCGCGACUGAUCAUUUUGGACGAGCCGACGGCAGGAAUCGAUCCGAAGACAAGACGUCAGAUCUGGGAUCUGUUGAGUGCAAUGCGUGAACAGCGAUGUGCAAUGUUGUUGACAUCGCACAGUAUGGAUGAGUGCGAAGUGCUGUGCACGAGAAUUGGCAUUAUGCAUAGC